UCCUGAGGAAAGCUUUGCCUGCUACUUUUUGUUGGGAUCUGGGAGAGAAAAUUAUCCAGCAGAGGUAACGAGGUGGGAAAAAGUAAGAAAGAGAAACACGUUACACACCAUGGAAAUAUACUAUGUUGCUGUUUAGUCGUCUACAAUGCAAGCGGACGUGCUUUCACCGUGAAUUCAUACGAGGAGGUUUUUGUGUGUUAGUGUAACCCUUCCUCUUCCCCAUCAUGCUGAGUUUCCUGCGCAGGACGCUGGGGCGACGCUCCAUCCGGAAACAUGCAGAGAAAAGUCGGUUACGGGAGGCCCAGCGUGCCACGACGCACAUCCCUGCUGCUGGAGAUGCAACGUCCAUAAUCACCUGCCGUGUAUCCUUACUGGACGGGACGGAUGUCAGUGUUGACCUGCCGAAAAAAGCCAAAGGGGAGGAGCUGUUUGACCAGAUCAUGUACCAUCUGGACAUCGUAGAGAAAGACUACUUUGGACUGCGCUUCAUGGACUCGGCACAAGUGGCGCACUGGCUUGAUGUUACCAAAAGUAUCAAAAAGCAAGUGAAAAUUGGACCACCGUACUGCCUUCACCUGAGAGUUAAGUUUUACUCCUCAGAACCGAACAACCUUCAUGAGGAGCUCACCAGAUACCUAUUUGUUUUACAGUUAAAGCAAGACGUCCUCAGUGGCAAGCUAGAAUGUCCGUUUGACACAGCGGUGGAGUUGGCUGCCUUCUCGAUACAGGCUGAGCUCGGUGAUUGUGACCCAUUAGAACAUAAUCUGGACCUGGUGUCAGAAUUUCGCUUUAUCCCCAACCAGACCGAGGAUGUGGAGCUAGCGAUAUACAACGCAUGGAAGGAGUGCAGAGGUCAGAUGCCAGCCCAAGCUGAAAUUAACUACUUGAAUAAAGCCAAGUGGCUAGAAAUGUAUGGGGUUGACAUGCAUAUGGUCAAGGCAAGAGAUGGUAAUGAGUACAGUCUGGGUUUGACACCCACUGGAGUCUUGGUGUUUGAAGGAGAAACUAAGAUCGGGCUCUUCUUCUGGCCAAAGAUCACUUGUCUGGAUUUCAAGAAAAGCAAACUGACGCUUGUGGUAGUGGAGGAUGAUGACCAGGGCAAAGAACAGGAGCACACCUUUGUCUUCAGGAUGGACCACCCCAAAGCCUGUAAGCACCUCUGGAAGUGUGCUGUGGAGCACCAUGCUUUCUUUAGGCUGAGGGGGCCGGUGCAAAAGAACUCUGCACAGUCUGGAUUCAUCCGCAUGGGAUCACGCUUCAGAUACAGUGGAAAGACGGAGUAUCAGACAACCAAGGCCAAUAAAGCAAGGCGGUCAGCCUCCUUUGAGAGAAGGCCCAGUCGACGUUACUCCAGAAGAACAAUGCAGAACAGAGGAGCCUUCCAUCCCCAUGAUCUUCUCUCCUCCGGCAACGGAGUCAGCUCCUGCAGAGUCAACAAGGCUUCUACCAUUAGAGGUGCAUGGUCCUCUUUGCCUGCGGUCAGCCCGGUAGCUGCUUCUGCCUGUGCACCGAUGGAAAUUGAGGCUCUACCCAGGAGUCCUGGAGGAGAAAAGAGGAGUAUGCCCACGGUUGCUGACCUGAUGGAGACGUGCAUUGAUGAUGUCCUCAGGGCUCCUGUCGUUCCCACGGUGACUGCUACAGACGAGGCCGGACCAAGUCACUCCUAUGCUGCCUCCAGUGCGACGGGGGAAGAUCCUCUCGGCCUUGCUGAAGCAGCAGCUCGUCUGAAGCAGCUGGAGUUGGAGAGCAGUCCGCUUCUUGGUACUCCUAAAAAUAACGUCAAUGUCAAUAUGGCCAUGAACAAUCAGGAGGAUGUGGUGAAGCUGACGGAGAAGUGUGGUCUGAGCAGUACAGGCAGUAGUCCUGUGGUCACUCCACUGUUCGUUCCAGAGGAUCUGAAGAGUAACAUCCUGAAAGCACAAGCCGAGGCUGCUGCCCUCAAGGGAUCUUUGGAGGAACAUGUCGUAAUUGUUGGAGAUAAAAACUGUAACUUGCAGGAGGCCUCUGUCAGGUUGAAGGUGCGCACCGGGCGAAUGGGCAGUAACUCGUCUCUGUCCGUUAGCAGUCGCCCUGACAUCCAAGACUCCUGGGACCUGCUCAAACCAGCCUCACUGGUCUCAUCCGCAGGGGCCAGUGUCGAGAGGCUCGCUGAAGAUGUCGUUCCCAAGAUGCCCUCGGAGUCUGCCAGCGAAGGCAUGGUCCCAAAGGUAACGUUAAAACAGGAGGAAGUUGCCGUGCAAAACAACGCAUCACUGUCUGACAACCUGAUUGAUUUCACAGAUCCAACUCCUGUGCUGCCAGCAGUGCCGCAGCCCAAACCUGUCAUCACACCUCGCUGGAUCAUUCCUACAACGGCUCCUCCUGGCGUCUUUACUAACGGCCUGCUCGAUCUUGACCCCCACGCUAAGGUCAACCCUCUUCUCCCUGCAGAUGGGGGAGCAGCUCUCACCCCAGUCCUCUCCCACCUUGCUCACACACGUAACACCAUCUCCGGCAGCACUGUGGGUCAGCAGCCAGCCUCAGAGGAUGGAGCCAAACCCAGAAGUCUCCUGACCACUGAGCUCUGAUGGAGAAAAGAGGAGCAGCCAUCUCAACAUUUGUCUCACUGACUGCUUUCCCACCUCACCCAUCCACACACAAAGAGAGCUGGGCCAGAUGUGCCGAACACUGAGGAAUACAGGGAAACGGGGAAGAGGCAGCUUAAAAACACAAUGACAAACAGAUUGAACAAACUGAACUACAAGUACACAGGAAAAUAGGAAUAUGAUUACAGUUUUUCACGUUAACAUGACGCCAAGCCUAGUUUUUGUAAAACAGUUUAAACAAACAUUUAACACCCGUAUUAACAUCUUCAGAGAACCUAACUUGUAAAUCUACUGUAUGAGUUAACUGUCAGUGACCUGCUUAAUCCAUCCUGUCAACCAAACCUCUCACAACUAGAGCUCUCUACUUGUAGAGGACGAGUGAUGAAAAGUCUUGUUAUUCAACUUCUUUACAACAGAGGUCAAGUUGGGGCUGACACUAAACUCUCAUGACACUAAGGUACGUUGUAAAAGCAUAAGGCUCUUGACUCAAAGGGUAGGUUGUCUCUUUUAGUUGCUUUCCUUCCCCCUUCUUGACCAAUGCUGUUUUAUUACUGGUUAUUCACACCACUGUGUCCCUGCUCCUCUGAGCGUUCCUGUACACGCACAGAUUACACAGCACGUAGAGCUGCUGAAGUUCACUGGAUGAAGGACUGAAAAGACUUAAAAUGAUGAUUCCAAGAGAUGGAAACGCCUGGACUCUUAACAUGAUGACAUGUGGACACUAUACUGUCCUUGUAGCACACUUCAAACCUUUUUUAAACCCAGUCAGUACUACAUGUGAAAUGUGUCAGUUGGAAGCCACUGGAUAUGAAAACGUCACUGGAUUAUUUUUGCAACACUGGACCUUGUAUUAAGUUUUUUUUUUUUUGCAAUGGAUGACGAUAGAGAUGACCACUUUUUCAACCGUUUUUAUUAUCCUGCUCUUACUUUUGUCUUUUUUGAUGUUCUAAUUUGCUCGUCGCAGUACUUUUCACACAUUUUGGUAGCAGCAUAACGAAGGAUUGAUUUUCACUAAUGAAAGGUAGUUCUGUGUGUCUUUUUGGACCCUCUAUGUUGAGUGAAAGUUGAACAUGAAGUUUUAACUUUUUGUCUAAAAUGUGAUCCUGUACUUUGUUUUCUCUUGAAAUCACCGCCUCUACUUUUGACAAUUUGUCAUUCACAAUCAUUUUAACUUCUAUAUUGGCGUGUAAAUGCAACAGUGAAACCUUUAAGUUAACUGUGAUGCCAGUUAAUGGAUUACCUAACUGGAUAUCUGAAUACAUUUGUGAAGGUAUAUAAAUCUGACCCUAUGAUGGUAAGGGCCUUUUGUAGCUAAAGAAAUGAAUGACUACAGAGCCUAGGGAGGGGUGUAAUAUUCUGAGAUUAUAUUGUCAUGAAUUUGACAGAAAAAGUGACAAAACACAAUUUUACAAGUUUGUUUCUCAAAAAUGUGGUUUUAAUAUCAGUAUUCUGAGAUUUAAUAUGACAAAUAUGACUUAUAAUCUUGUUUUUUCACGUAAAUGUACCAUUUUAAUCUCUGAAUAUUACCCUCUACUAUGGUUCUGUAAUUGUUUCCCUCCCCUAAUACGCCGCCGUAGACUCUGUUAUAGAACAUCUCUCCUGUAUUAACAUGUCGUAGUUACUACCCUGCCUUAUGGAAAUGAAUGUAUUCAAAUAAUCUCAUCUGAGAACGCUGGAGAGAACACAGUAUGAAACGUUUUACGACUUGUUCAAUUCAAAAUUGCUGUUAUUGUCUAUAACUAAUAGGAAAACUUGUACACGUCAAAUUGAGGCCCAAUUCUAAAUUUUGAGUUAUUAAUGAAGUAAAUCACAUUGACUCUUAAAAUGUAGACUUUUUUUUAUUUUAUUCGUCGUAAUCACUAAGUCUGGACCCUCGUUUAAAUUCCGUCUGGAGUUUUGUCAUUAUGUUGGUGAUUUCAUGCUCGGUCUUGAACAAGGGAAGCUGACUGUUUUACAAUGUCUUCUUAGCAGUGACAGUUAUUUAUGCUACUCGGUGUAAUUGUUCAAAUAUUACAUGUUGUCCAAAAGUGUUGUAGCGAACAGUUAUAAUGUAUUGUCAGUAUAAUGACAUCAGCUGGCUGUAGAUAUGAAGUAGAUUUAUAUAUAUUUUUGAAAAUGAUGUUGGCAGUAUUGUUACUACACACUGAGCAGAUAUCUGCAUUGUGGUGUUUUCUAAUUACAAAAGAAGUAGGAAACAUAUGUGAUCAAAAACCCAGAUUGUGAUGUCUCAAAUGCAAAUUUAUAUAAACUAUUUCUUCUUCUUUUCCUGGAAUACCUGAUCAUGAUUCAGUAAAGCUUUGCUACAGUAGGAGUCAAUUGUUUUUCAUUCAUUUUUACCGUUUGGCUACUGUUGAAAUGAGUUUCUUGCAAAGACGGUUGUCAGUGAUUAAAGUUGGAUUUAUGUAAGACCAGACAAUCUGAUUGACUGUCUGGUGGACCAGAUGUGAUUUGUGUCUUGUUAAACCAGCUGUGAAACACUGACCUGGAUCGUUGGGGUAAAAAAAAAUCAGAUUUUGCUGUCGUGUUUAAAUUCUCCUGUAAAGCUCUUGUAUCUGUAUCAGAAAUGUAGCAAUAACAACUGACUCAGCAGAAGUCUGUGUAUUCAAAAUGUGUUUUUAAGUGAUAGACUGGACCGGACUGUAUUUACUUGUGUAAUCUAUUGAAAUGUGUUUACUUUA